AAAGAAGCAACAGGAUGUAGUGGGAUUUCUGGAGGCUCUGAAGAUCGAAUACAUGCAAUUGGAUAUUGCAUCCAACGAGGAGAACCGCCAAUGGAUGAGGGAGAACGUCCCAGGGGAGAAGAAGCCCACAAAUGGGAUUCCGCUGCCCCCGCAAAUCUUUAAUGGGGAGGACUACUGUGGGGACUAUGAUACAUUUUUUGAUGCCAAGGAGGAAAAUCAAGUCUUUGAAUUUCUGGGUCUUCCUGCUCCCCCAGGAUCAAAGAAGAAAACCCCCAGGCAAGAUGAAAAGGAUGAAGAGGAGGACGAGGCGAAGGAUGAAGACGAUCAACCAGUGUCAGAGGGAGAAGAGGACCUGUGUGUGUCUGAGUGCAUGUCCCGCGUUCUCUCCACGUUCGUAUGCUCUGCUGACACGGCCCCCUCUGCCUUCCAGGAAGACUAAGAACUGCAGCAACUUAAGGAAGAAGAAGAACCCCCAGUGUCAGAGGAGGAAGAAGAUGAAGGGGCAGACGCGGAGGAUGAAGCAGACUAAUAGCAGGACUAGAAUUCAUAUUCGUCUAUGCAUUGUAAAGUUAGGAGAGGCCACCCCUGCCAGGAAUGACCUUUCAGCCAUCAACCCCCCCCAUGCCAUGUCACCACCUUGUCACCUUUCCUUUGCUCAGAAGGAAAAUCCCGUCACGCCACUGUCAGACCUUGAAGACCACAUUGUGCACAUGACCGUACUGCACACCAGCUCCUCAGCGAGAGCCAUUUCCAUACCAUACCAUUAUAAUUAUUAUCAUCUCAGAAAAUACAGAAUGAAUGUUCGAACUGAUCUUAUAACUUCAGCUCUGAUGUUGCUUGUCUCUUAAAAUUUCUAUCCAGCAGCCUUUUAAACAAGUAUCCAAACUGCAGCAUAUUUUCUUUAAUUUCACAUAAUUUCAGAUUGAUUGCCGAUUUAUGUACUAUUAGACAUAUACAGGUAUAAAAUGUAGGUGGAUUUUAUUUAGUUGUGAAAAAAUAACAUCUUUGAGAAAUUGUUUUGCUUGCAGUGUAAGCGAAUGCAGUUUUGUUGCAGUCAAACUAAGAGUCUGGAACAGGAGUAUCUGUAGCCAUAAUGUACAGUGUACAUCAUACCUUCACUGUUUAUUUGCUGCUUAACAAUAGUAAUAGCAAAAGGUUAACGCAGACUCACCACCUUGAAGUUACUGCCUAGGCUGCCGUACGAACGUUUCUCGUGAAUGUUAUACAGAAGCAUUGUAAUGAAAUCUAGAAAUAGAUCUCUCUGUAGAUAACUUUGAAAAAAUUUGUACUGCAGUUUUGCACACUGUAGUACAGUGAGUUUGCUUGAUGGGAUGCAUUACUGCUGCUUAGAUCAUGCCUGGAUUCAUCAGGUUCCCCACCCACGGCUCGCAGGAAAAGCCCCAUCUUUGUUAGUUCUGCUUGAAUGCACUCGCAUUAACGCAGAGAGAAGGAAAAGCAGGGAAGAGUUUUAAAAUAUUUGGCUGACUACCUUAUAAAUGCCAUAGUCCACUGAGAAUGUGUUUUCAUCCAAAUGCACAAACUGUUGAAACUGUUGUAUGCACUUUGUCAAAUAAAAAAAAGUGAUUUUACGUACCCCUAGGUGUAAAGAAAAUUUCAAUAAAAUUUUGUUAGUGAU